CCCCAAGGCGCCCAUAUAUAGAAAGGUUUCAAUUAUUAAGUGAGACCGCUUUUUUUUUGUCUGCUACACUAUGUAAGAUUGUUAUUGAGCGAGGAAAAAUGGCCUCUUCGUACAAAAACAAAUGCAAACGUCGCAAAACGGUCAUCGCCCUCGCCUCACUGCCACAGGCGGCAAGGGCCGUGUCCCUGCAGCAAGCCGUCGCUGACGCAGCAGCCUUUGCGGCCAACGUGCAGGACCGAGAAGGCCGUGAGCUGGCAUCCCUGCGCCGCGCCGAGACCUUCUCUGGCACUCUAGACACGACAUGCGAGGAAGCUGCAGAAGCGUCCACGGCUUUCGUCGCUGCCUCCGAACUCGCUGCGGCAGCGGCGUCGUGGCUGCGCCUCGCAAAUCGUCCAGGGGAAACAAGUAGCCUACAAGAACUACAACAACCACCAGCACCAUCAACAUCACUAAGACAGCGCUCGUUCUUGGUGGUGGCGACUGCGUACAAUGCCACAGCACGAAGUAGCCAAAGCACCACAGCACGACCAACGGCUGAGAAGAAAGCAAGAACAGCUCAGAGAAGUGAGGCCGUGGGGCAGUUGAAUACAGCCUCCUCUGCAGAAGUCUCUACUGGGGCAGCUGCAGCGAUCUCCCAAGUGACGCAUGGUCAAUUAACUCCUGACGCAUCAACGCGAAGCACAACUUCUACACGCUCUUCAGAUCAUGCGGUUCAGAAGAAGAGAAGUAGCACGAUGAAGUCCCCUCCCACUUCUUUCACCAGUAUUCCUGUGGCACAGCCGAAAACUACCAAGUCACAAAAUAACGGCACCUCUGCAACUGAGUCGCCGGCGCCAUCUCGUGGGGAGCUUUCUGUUUGAGGCAUCUUUGGAUAUUUUUUAUUUUCUCACCACAGACGAGAAGAAGUUCUACAUUUCUUUAGGAAAAGGAGACUCAAGAGACAAUGAAUUUAGUGUACUAACUUGUUUCAUUGUAUUGUUAAUCUAGAGUUUCGGUUAUCGUAAAUAUUACAAUUCUAAUCCCAAUUGGCAACGAGCGCCUCAGCUCCUGUCAUUUUUCACCCCAAGCAGCCAGCGAAAGGCUCGCUUCCCGGUUUCGUACACCGUUUGCGCGAUCCUUGGGCUGAGGAUGAAGCCAACCAGCAUGGAAAUUUGGCGCUACUCCAGACUGAUGUAUCUCCUCCUGCAGUCGGCAUAGUAGAUAAGAGUAGUAGCACAUCAGUGUCAGUUACGGAUCCCGGUAGCGCAGUUUCACUUGAUGCGGGUAGUGUGGCUAGAAGCAGUAGUGCAGUGCCAGCCCACGCAGAUACUGCGGAUAGUCGUACUGGUACAGCGCUAGCUGUGGAUUUGGAUGGUGCUAGUGCAACCACAGCUUCUGCACUUGGAGCAAGUCGGAGUACCUCGACGAAGGCAGAGCCGCAACUACAAAAAGAAUCUAGUGCAUCUGCUGUUUUGAGUACAAACAAAGAAGACCAGAAGCGAGCGGUGCUUCUCAACGUCGAGGACCAGGCAGCAGCGAGCGAAGGGCACCAAGAUGAGGAUAUCGCGGACAUGCUGGGACUCAGCUUCCUGGAGACCAGUAGUGCGAAUCUCCAUGCUAGUAGCAGUAGUACAAGUAGUACAUCAGAAGAGGUAGAAAACCAGAUGAGUACGAGUACGAGGAGUAGUACUACAGAAGAGACGAGUCGUGGACUAGAAGAACAGAAGGCAACUGCAUCUGACAGGAGUGCUACUGGUAGUCUUCCUAGAAUUGAGUCUGUGCUACAAGCAGAUGCGCGUGACUCCGCAGCAAAAAUGCUGUCGGACGCAGCACAAACACUGAAAAGUCCGUGGCUGCAAAAGCUCGCUGAGAAACCAAAGUUGGUCUCCAAAGUUUUACGCCGUGUGCGCGCGUGCACGGGCAACGGAACUCAGGAGAACGGCAGCGCUGGUAAGGAGAGACUUUUUUAAAACCAAUAUUCUUCACAGGUCAUACUUAUUUCUUAGUAGGUAGCAGUCUACUUAUCUAGUAGAUUUUAUGACUUGCUAUAUCUACUUGUCAUGUAGCGUGGCAUAUAAGGGACAUGCCGGACAAGCAGUGUCCCUUAAGUGCCUCAACCGUCGGUGUUGCGGCGCUUCGCGAGGAACAUAAGGGACCUGUCGGAGAAGCAACGUCCCUUAAGUGCCUCGGAGAGCAUCACUUGAGGAGCCCCUCGCCCAAGUGGUGCCAGUCACUGCUUAAGCGAUACGUGACGCCGCACUUAAGGGAACCGCUGCUCAAGUGGUGCCAGUCACUGCUUAAGCGAUACGUGACGCCGCACUUAAGGGAACCGAUGCUCAAGUGGUGACAAUCACUACUUAAGCGAAACGAGACGCAGCACUUAAGGGCGCCGUUGAUCAAGUGGUGACACUCACUACUUAAGCGAGGCGAGGCGCAGCACUUAAGGGCGCCGUUGAUCAAGUGGUGACACUCACUACUUAAGCGAGACGAGGCGCAGCACUUAAGCGAUAGGAGGCGCAGCACUUAAGGGGCACGUAGCGCAGCACUUAAGGGGCACGUAGCGCAGCACUUACGGGGCACGUAGCGCAGUACUUAAGGGGCACGUAGCGCAGCACUUAGUGAUGGGCCCGCCCUUCACCUAAGUGAUGUCGCGCUUGUAGAAUUAGCAGCUUAUUCACGUGGAACUAUUUGCUUAUCUUCGCAACAAGUGAUGUGGACCUAGUGUUUGUCACACGACUUUUUUUCCAAGACGAUUCUCGCAGUGCCUUCCAAAACGCAACACAACCACAGAUAAUUCUUCCGACACGUCGUUGGUACAGCAAGCUGACCGCGUUAUUUCCGAAUUGACUGAGGCAGACUCAGACAAGACCAACUACGACAUAUCAUCGGCGGUCGCGGGUCGCGAAGCCCUGAAGAGCGCACAGGCCUUGAGGUCCCUGCUGGCCCACCAAGCAGCGCGUCGCAAAUGUGUGUCGCCAGAGGUCUUCAAAGUCCUCAACUUGGUUCAGAAAAUGCUCUCUGAAGCAUGAUGGCGGAGUAGAUGUACUUAUUCACAUAAGUAUAAGUCAAUAUUUAGUAGAGAUGCAUGCGCAAGGAGUAGGUUACUAAUAUGAGUCGCAGAACAAGUUUUCCCUCUAUUCUUAGGUGUAUCCCUGCAGGCAGUAUUUAGUAGAACAACUUAGUAUGAUAAAGAUGAUUUAUUGUGGGUUGAAAAAGAUACGGAGAAUUUAAAACUGAUAAUAGACACAUACCGCCAUAUCAAGAGACGAAGAAUUAUUCAUACUUUUUUUCCAGAGCAGAUCAUAUGAUGACUUUUUUUUUCCGGGCAAGCACAGUUUAGACGAAGC